AGACAAACGCUGUAUUGAAACACACUUUCAAUACAAUCGCCGAUUGGUGUCGAGGUUUGGGACCAGUUUGUGGUGAUAGUUGUCUUGUGUGUGGCGGUGAUUGGCGAUGCAGUUAACGAAAGUAAACUAUUGGAACAAAUGGCUGAAGAAUGGCCGCAGACCUGCCCGUCCUGUCACCAGAUUUAAAGCCGACAAACCAAUGGUGUUGAGGAAUGAAGUGACUUCGGGCACCAAAAUCGCUUCCGAUGUCGAACUGAAUAACGAUGACGUGAUACCGACGCCUGGACAGCAAAAGCUGUCUAAGGAUCAGAUGAAUGUCUUAUUGCAACGAUGGCCACAACCCAAGUGA